AUGAUUGGUGGUCGUGUAAUCAACACCGAUAAAAAUAAUGCUAUUGCUUCCAUUAUAUAUCCAGAUGUCCCUCAAAAUUGUGGCGAUUUACGUGCUUAUUUAUAUAAAUAUGAUGAAGAUGCCGGUGACAAAUUUACUGUUAACGAACAUGAAAAUGAAACUGAUUGGAUAUGUACUGGUUUACGAAACGGACUUCGUGCCACAUCGUUUGAUGUACCUAAUUAUGUUAUUAUCAAAGCAAAUGCAUCGAAAACAUUUACAAUAAAAUUAAUGGAAAUAACAAUAGUUAACUAG